CAGGGGUGGCCAGCGGUGGCAGAGAAAUGUCUUUUCUGCAAAAGGAAGGUGGGUAGAUUGGAGAGAGACUGAGAAAGGGUGGAUGUGGAAGCCAAACAGCUGCACUCCCAUUUAGGAAAUCGCGGACUAUUUGCAUAGUGUGUGAUUGCAUGCCUAAUACUACUACAGCGUCUCUGAAAACACCUUUGGGGGAAGGUUUGGUUUCUCCUUUCCAGCAGCCUCAGUGUUUUUCCUCGCCGGAUAGGGAGCUGCUUGUUUGCGAAGAGAUGGCUUGACGUGAAUGACUCCAGUGUGAAGAAGUCUGCUUCGCCAAAUCAUCCUGCAUCAAGUGCCCAUUGAAUAGCACUGUCACUUUAAUGUCUCCAUGCCAAGGGAUUGCUUUCCUCCUUUUCAAUCCUCUCAGUUAAUACACGGGAGGAUCAGGAUCUGAGGGGCAUUAAGGAUCAAGCCUUGGGGGCUUGGAGAGCACAGAAGAAAAACAGGAAAGUGACAAGCUGGAUCGUGUUUUACUGAGGGGGCGAGAUACAGAACCAGUUAAUAGAAGGGGGCCUUAGAAUCUCUCUUCUGCCCCAGAAAACUGUCCAAACUCACACACCCCUGACAAGACUAGAGUAAGACGUUUUUAAAAGUAUUUUUGAAGGGGAAGUUUAAACUUUUUUCCUAAAAAUUGAUACUCUUCAUUAUCCACCAUCUAGAUCAUGCAUAAAUUAAUAAGACAACCGUCCUAAAAUUGGUUUGUGCCUUAAUUGAGUUAGUUAUUGAACAUCCAAAAGUGUUGCUGCCUGAAGAGGAGUUUUGUAACAUUUUCUAUGCGUACGAUAACUUUCUCAGCUUUUUAAAGCAAGAAUAUAUAUUUUACAAAAAUUAAGAAAACUUGCUAUUUUUUCUUUGAACACCGCGGGCAGUGUAAACUGUUUGGUUGUGGAGAAAUGCAUCACCUUUUUCUUUAUUUGAAAUAGAAGACUCAGCCUGGAUAUCAAGGCUGAACAGAGAAGAGAUUUGCAACAGUUAACCUGGCUCCGUCUCCAUUCAGCUGGAUCAAACAGAGACUUGAAAAGAGAUCUUGAGUCCAGAGUCAGUGGAGAGACCCAAGAAUGCCAGUCAAGAAGAAAGAUACUGACCGAGCUUUGUCAUUACUGGAGGAAUACUGCAAAAAAUUAAGAAAGCCUGAGGAGCAGCUGUUGAAAAAUGCUGUUAAAAAGGUGAUGAGUAUUUUCAAGAGCAGCCUAUUUCAAGCCUUGCUGGACAUUCAAGAAUUUUAUGAGGUUACGCUAUUAAAUUCUCAAAAGAGUUGCGAACAGAAGAUAGAAGAAGCCAAUCAAGUUGCACAGAAAUGGGAGAAGACUCUCGUUCUUGAUUCGUGUCGUGACAGUCUUCAGAAGUCCUCAGAGCUUACGGGUUGCAGUGGACCAAAGGAAAAUGCUUCGUACAUUGAGCAAAAUAAAGAAAACCAGUUUUUUGAGAAUGAAACUGAAGAAAAGACGUGUCAAAACCAAGGCAAAUGCCCAGCCCAGAACUGUUCAGUGGAAGCCCCUGCCUGGAUGCCUGUCCACCACUGUUCUAAGUAUCGAUACCAAGAUGAGGACGGUCCACAUGAUCAUUCCUUACCUCGGCUAACUCAUGAAGUAAGAGGUCCAGAACUGGUGCAUGUGUCGGAAAAGAACCUCUCUCAAAUAGAAAAUGUCCACGGAUAUGUCUUACAGUCUCACAUUUCUCCUCUGAAGGCUAGCCCUGCUCCUAUAAUUGUCAACACAGACACUUUGGACACUAUUCCUUAUGUCAAUGGAACAGAAAUUGAAUAUGAGUUUGAAGAAAUUACAUUGGAGAGGGGAAAUUCAGGUCUGGGAUUCAGUAUUGCUGGAGGGACAGAUAAUCCUCACAUUGGAGAUGACCCUGGCAUAUUUAUUACGAAGAUUAUUCCAGGAGGUGCUGCAGCAGAGGAUGGCAGACUCAGGGUCAACGAUUGUAUCUUGCGGGUGAAUGAAGUUGAUGUGUCGGAGGUUUCCCACAGUAAAGCAGUGGAGGCCCUCAAGGAAGCAGGCUCUAUUGUGCGACUGUACGUACGUAGAAGACGACCCAUACUGGAGACUGUUGUGGAAAUCAAACUUUUCAAAGGGCCAAAAGGUUUAGGCUUCAGUAUUGCUGGAGGGGUGGGGAACCAGCACAUUCCCGGAGACAACAGCAUUUAUGUAACGAAAAUUAUAGAUGGUGGAGCUGCACAGAAAGAUGGAAGGUUGCAAGUAGGAGACAGGCUGCUAAUGGUAAAUAACUAUAGUUUAGAAGAAGUUACGCAUGAAGAGGCUGUAGCGAUAUUGAAAAAUACAUCUGAUGUUGUUUAUCUAAAAGUUGGCAAACCCACAACCAUUUAUAUGACUGAUCCUUAUGGGCCACCAGAUAUUACUCACUCUUAUUCUCCACCAAUGGAAAAUCAUCUACUGUCUGGUAACAAUGGCACGUUAGAAUACAAAACUUCCCUGCCACCCAUCUCUCCAGGAAGGUACUCACCAAUUCCAAAGCACAUGCUGGUUGAAGAUGACUACACAAGGCCUCCGGAACCUGUUUACAGCACUGUGAAUAAACUGUGUGAUAAACCUGCUUCUCCCAGGCACUAUUCCCCUGUUGAGUGUGACAAAAGCUUCCUUCUCUCAACUCCCUACCCCCACUACCACCUAGGCCUGCUCCCUGACUCUGACAUGACCAGUCAUUCUCAGCACAGCACUGCAGCUCGUCAACCCUCAGUGACUCUCCAACGGGCCAUCUCCCUGGAAGGGGAGCCCCGCAAGGUGGUCCUUCACAAAGGCUCCACUGGCCUGGGCUUCAACAUUGUGGGUGGAGAAGACGGAGAAGGUAUUUUUGUAUCCUUCAUUCUGGCCGGUGGACCAGCAGACCUGAGUGGGGAGCUCCAGAGAGGAGACCAGAUCUUAUCGGUGAAUGGUAUCGACCUCCGAGGAGCAUCUCAUGAACAGGCAGCUGCAGCACUGAAGGGGGCUGGGCAGACAGUGACAAUCAUAGCACAAUAUCAACCUGAAGAUUACGCUCGAUUCGAGGCCAAAAUCCAUGACCUGCGAGAGCAGAUGAUGAACCACAGCAUGAGUUCCGGGUCCGGGUCCCUUCGAACCAAUCAGAAACGCUCCCUGUAUGUCAGAGCCAUGUUUGACUAUGACAAGAGCAAGGACAGUGGACUGCCUAGCCAAGGACUUAGUUUUAAAUAUGGAGACAUCCUUCAUGUCAUCAAUGCCUCUGAUGAUGAGUGGUGGCAAGCCAGAAGGGUCACACUAGAUGGGGACAGCGAGGAGAUGGGAGUCAUUCCCAGCAAACGGAGGGUGGAAAGAAAGGAGCGUGCCCGAUUGAAGACAGUGAAGUUCAAUGCAAAACCUGGUGUGAUUGAUUCCAAAGGGUCAUUCAAUGACAAGCGUAAAAAGAGCUUCAUCUUUUCACGAAAAUUCCCAUUCUACAAGAACAAGGAGCAGAGUGAGCAGGAAACCAGUGAUCCUGAACAACACGUCUCUUCUAAUGCCAGCGAUAGCGAAAGUAGCUGCCGAGGACAGGAAGAUCUCAUUCUUUCCUAUGAACCUGUCACGAGGCAGGAAAUAAACUACACCCGACCAGUGAUUAUCCUGGGCCCCAUGAAGGAUCGAAUCAAUGAUGACUUGAUAUCUGAAUUUCCUGAUAAAUUUGGCUCCUGUGUGCCUCAUACUACGAGGCCAAAGCGUGACUACGAAGUCGACGGCAGAGACUAUCACUUUGUCAUUUCUAGAGAACAAAUGGAGAAAGAUAUCCAAGAGCACAAAUUUAUAGAAGCCGGCCAGUACAAUGACAAUUUAUAUGGAACCAGUGUGCAGUCUGUGAGAUUUGUAGCAGAAAGGGGCAAACACUGUAUACUUGAUGUAUCGGGAAAUGCUAUUAAGCGGUUACAAGUUGCCCAGCUCUAUCCCAUUGCUAUCUUCAUAAAGCCCAAGUCUCUGGAACCUCUGAUGGAGAUGAAUAAGCGUCUAACGGAGGAACAAGCCAAGAAAACCUAUGACCGGGCAAUUAAGCUAGAACAAGAAUUUGGAGAAUAUUUUACAGCUAUUGUCCAAGGAGAUACCUUAGAAGAUAUUUACAACCAAUGCAAGCUUGUUAUUGAAGAGCAGUCUGGACCUUUCAUCUGGAUUCCCUCAAAGGAGAAGUUAUAAAUUAGCUACUGCACCUCUGACAACGACAGAAGAGCAUUUAGAAGAACAAAAUAUAUAUAAUAUAACACUUGGAGGCUUUUAUGUUUUUGUUGCAUUUAUGUUUUUGCAGUCAAUGUGAAUCCUUAUGAAUGUACAACACAAACUGUGUGAAGCCAUGAAGGAAACAGAGGGGCCGAAGGGUGGGACGGAAGAGACAUAGCAGUAUGCAGGAAGGCUUGGGUUUGCUCAAAGUGCCAGGUGUAGGGAUGAACCUCUGAUGGGCUCUCUGCCCUAGAGACGGGCAGCCUUCUCACCCCAGCAGAUGUCCAGAGCUGAUUUAGCUGCUGAGCUCUCUGUGUUUGCUUUAAGAAAAGUUGCCAGCACUCGAACCUCACCAACCUACCCCUUACCAACCUCUGUAAUUGGUACACUUUGAAUUUUAUAACUAUGCACAUCCUUUGAUUUCUUAACAAGCAAAGGAAAUAGGGAAAACAGAAAGGAGUCCCUUUGGAGAUGACAUACCAUCGGGGGAGGAUGAUUGCUUAGUUUCCUUGGCUGGCAUGUGCAAAGACCAGCGUGUCGUGUGUGGAGGACUAAGGUUACUGAAGGGGGUUCCACCUGGCCUAGCUUUAGGACUGUCAAUUGUCUAUUUUGCCAUUUAUAAGCUGAAAGAAGGCACUAAAGAUGAGAAUAAUUUAUACAAUAAAUAUAUUAAAUGUAUAGAAAUGAAUUUCUAUAGGUUAAAAA